GCUGCUGCAGCCUGCCAGCACAGAUCAGAGACACCGGUAUUAAUCAGCAGUGUGUGGAUUAUGACUAGAAGAAGCCCUGCUUUACAGAGCGCAACGUAACUACUUAACCCUGACUUGAACACCUUUAUAAAAACGAAACGCGCGGUUUUUUUUGUUUGUGUGUGAUUUUUAAAUCAAACUGUAGAUAACGUUAUUACGUUAGACUGAAGAUGUCAGUGGUGGGAUUUGACUUGGGUUUUCAAAGCUGCUAUGUAGCUGUAGCCCGAGCCGGAGGAAUUGAGACAGUCGCUAACGAAUACAGCGACAGAUGCACACCAUCAUUUGUUUCAUUUGGAGCACGGAAUCGAUCCAUAGGAGCAGCUGCAAAGAGCCAGGUGGUGACCAACUGUCGGAACACAGUGCAGGGCUUCAAGCGAUUCCAUGGCAGGGCAUUUUCCGACCCGUAUGUCCAGUCGGCCAAGACUAACUUGGUGUACGACCUGGCACAGAUGCCCUCUGGAUCCACCGGUAUAAAAGUGAUGUACAUGGAGGAGGAGAAAGUGUUCAGCAUCGAGCAGGUCACUGGCAUGCUGCUGAACAAGCUGAAGGAGACUGCUGAAAGUGCACUGAAGAAACCCGUUGCAGACUGUGUCAUCUCGGUACCAAGCUAUUUCACUGACGCUGAGAGAAGGUCUGUCAUGGAUGCAGCUCAGAUUGCAGGCCUCAACUGUCUACGGCUGAUGAAUGAGACCACUGCAGUGACUCUUGCAUAUGGCAUCUACAAGCAGGACCUGCCCGCUCCAGAGGAGAAGCCCAGGAUAGUGGUGUUUGUAGACGUGGGCCACUCGGGUUACCAGGUGUCGGUUUGUGCCUUCAACAAGGGAAAGCUCAAGAUCCUUGCUACGGCGUUCGAUUCGGAUCUUGGCGGCAAGGACUUUGACGACAUCCUGGUCAGCCACUUCUGUGAGGAGUUUCGAAAAAAGUACAAGCUGGACGUCAAGUCCAAACCCCGGGCGCUUGGCAGACUCUACCAAGAGUGUGAGAAGCUCAAGAAGCUGAUGAGCGCCAACUGCUCGGACCUGCCCCUCAACAUUGAGUGCUUCAUGAAUGACAUUGAUGUUUCCGGUAAACUUAACAGGGGUCAGUUUGAGGAGAUGUGUGCAGGGCUGCUGGCCAAAGUAGAGGCUCCCCUCCGCAGCAUCUUGGAACAAGCCAAGCUGAAAAAGGAGGACAUCUAUGCAGUGGAGAUUGUUGGAGGAGCCUCCAGAAUCCCUGCCAUCAAAGAGAGAAUCAGCAAAUUUUUCGGCAAAGAGCUGAGCACCACUCUGAAUGCAGACGAGGCCGUGGCCAGAGGCUGUGCUCUGCAGUGUGCGAUCCUGUCACCAGCAUUCAAAGUCAGAGAGUUCUCCAUUACAGAUGUUGUCCCCUACCCAAUCUCCCUCAAAUGGAACUCAGCCGCAGAGGAGGGACUGAGUGAUUGUGAGGUUUUCCCCAAGAACCAUGCUGCUCCCUUCUCCAAAGUCUUGACCUUCUUCCGGAAAGAGCCCUUCACCCUUGAAGCUUACUACAACAACCUAAAGGAGCUGCCGUACCCCAGCAGCACUAUAGGCCAGUUCCUGAUCCAGAAUGUGGUUCCUCAGGCGUCUGGGGAGAGUGCAAAGGUGAAGGUCAAAGUCCGGGUCAGUGUUCACGGCGUCUUCAGCGUAUCGAGCGCCUCUCUUGUCGAGGUCUUAAAAACAGCAGAAGGGGAGGAGCCGAUGGAGACGGAGCAACCGGGGAAGGACGAGGAGAACAAAAUGCAAGUGGACCCGGAGGAUCAGAAACUUGCGUCCGGAGACAACGGAGACAAGAAGUCAGAGACGGAGGAGAUGGAGACAAUGACGGAGGACGCCAAUAAGGAGAAGAAGAACGACCAGCCCCCUCAGGCAAAGAAGCCCAAAGUGAAAACGAAGACGAUUGAGCUGCCCAUAGUGAACAAUUUGAGCUGGCAGCUGUCCAGCGAUGUACUAAAUGUAUUUGUGGAGAAUGAGGGUAAGAUGGUCAUGCAGGACAAGUUGGAGAAGGAAAGGAACGACGCAAAGAACAACGUAGAAGAAUAUGUGUACGAGAUGAGGGACAAGCUGCAUGGCGCUCUGGAGAAGUUUGUGACCGAGGCUGAUCGUGACACAUUCUCGUUAAAACUGGAGGACACAGAGAACUGGCUGUAUGAAGACGGAGAGGACCAACAGAAACAAGUUUAUAUUGACAAACUGGCUGAACUGAAGAAAAUGGGCCAGCCCAUACAUGAGAGGUACAUUGAAUCUGAAGAGAGGCCAAGAGCAUUUGAGGAGCUCGGCAGACAGAUCCAGCUGUACAUGAAGAUCAUUGAGGCUUACAAAGCAAAGGACGAGCAGUACAAUCACCUGGACGAGCUGGAGGUCACUCGGGCGGACAAGCAGGUGAACGACGCGAUGGUGUGGAUGAACGGGAAGAUGAACCAGCAGAAUAGCCAGGACCUCACUCUUGACCCAGUGGUCAAAGUUGAGGAAAUCAAGGCCAAGACUAAGGAGCUUUAUUCGGCCUGCAACCCUGUGGUGUCCAAAUCCAAGCCCAAGGUGGAGCCCCCCAAAGAGGAGAAGACGGAGAACGGACCAGUCAAUGGGCAGGAAGGAACAGAGAACCAGCCAUGUAACCCAGACAAAGCCACAUCAGCAGGCACAGGACAGGGAACGGCCGAGAAAAAGCUCCCUGAAAUGGACAUUGACUAACUGUUGAAGCGGCCACCACUGAUUUUCACCUCUGUAUGUCCUGCUACUCGCCGCCCAAUUCUGUUGAUCUUCUGAGAUUGUUAUUGACCAUGCUGUAGCCACUCUCUUGAAGACACAGACAGCAGCAACCCCUCUCAAUAGGAUUUAACCAUAAGUUUCUCGGCAUGUCAUUUUCUCACUUUUACUAUUUUAUGACCUGAAAGUUGUUCGCGUGGGAUGGAAGCUUCUUACUCUGUAUUGCUCUGAUAGUCCUCAUGUCAAAGAUUGUUUUGUUCAGCUUCCUCUGAGCAUAUUUAAGAUAAGAAUGUCAGUUAUGAAGAAUUGUAAGUAAAGCGGCUGUGCAGAAAACAUCUAGUAAUACAAACAGGAUUCACAAGAAUGUAAAAUAUCGCAUUGUGUCUAAAGAUAUACAGAUAGUCACACAUGUAAACAAACAUGGAUUGGUACAAGUUGUACAUGGAAAAUAGUGCCGUUUUUUCACUACAAAUAAUUGUAACAGCAGGAGUAUGAUGUUUCUUGUUGAAAAGGACAGAUACGGUUUUUGUUGAGAUUACUUGUACUGUAUGUUAAAACUAGGUUCUGCAAGUUAACGUCAUGCAGGAUUUAAUUGUCUGGCUUUUCUCAUUCAAAAGCAAUGGUCUUUUGGUUGUUCUCUGGUAGCCUUGUAUUGUUUUUUUUUUUCUACUUGUCAUUGUGAAUGCUGGUCCAACAAAUUGCCCUCUGGGUUCUGCUGUUGUUACCACAUAACCAUGACAAAGCAAAAAUAAAUAUU